AACUCUUUUCAUAAAUUUAAUACUGACUGAAAAGUUUCGAGGAUUAUUUUAAUAUCAAAUAUUUUUGAUAAUAAAAGAAGAACAGUAAUGAUAUCGACCAUAUACAAGUCUAACAAUGCAGAUGUAUACUAACAAUUUGAAGUUGAUUACCAUAUUUUGUAUACAAAGUCAAUAAUUCCUACAUAAACAUUAUGAGACACAACAAUACAGAGGACAAUACAAAAACGAAACAAAUAGAACAGUACAAAUAUGUUAGUAGCAAACCUAAUUGGUUUAUGAUGCCAAGUUAAAAACAAUAUAAAAUUAUGCCGACCGAACAAUGGAUAACAGAUGAGCCUGUAUUAAAUGAUACACUGACAAUAGAGAAUGUACACGAUGUAAAUUCAACAACAUUCACUGAUCCAAUUGAGGAUAAGGCUAUCCAGGCAGCGUUCUGUAUUGCGUACACUAUCAUAUUCGUCGUUGGAAUUUUUGGAAAUGCUCUAGUAUGUUACGCAGUCAUCAGGAACCGAGCUAUGCAAACUGUAACUAAUCUCUUUAUCACGAACUUAGCAUUAUCGGAUAUACUCUUAUGUGUAUUUGCCGUACCAUUUACUCCUCUUUACACAUUUCUUGGAAGAUGGGUCUUUGGCGGUUUGUUGUGCCAUAUCAUGCCUUAUGCACAAGGUUGUAGCGUUUAUAUUUCAACUCUCACACUUACUUCCAUAGCUAUAGAUAGAUUUUUCGUCAUAAUCUACCCAUUCAAACCUCGAAUGAAAAUCAAGACUUGUAUUGGCCUAAUCAUUUUUAUAUGGGUUUUCGCAUUGUCUGUUACUUUUCCUUAUGGUUAUUACAUGGCACUUGAAGACGCUUAUUGCGCCGAAAAAUGGCCAUCAGAUCACAUUCGUAAGGCUUUUGGAGCCGUUACUACUAUAAUGCAAUUUGUUAUACCUUUUAUUGUAAUGGCAUUUUGCUAUACUUGUGUUAGUGUAAAAUUAAAUGAUCGAUUGAAGUCUAGACCAGGAAGUAAGAAUAGUAAGAAGGAAGAUGCGGAAAGAGAAAGAAAAAGAAGAACAAAUAGAAUGUUAAUCGCAAUGGUGGCCAUAUUUGGCUUGUCCUGGUUGCCACUGAAUCUUAUAAAUAUUAGUAGUGACUUUUACUCCUUAGCAGAAGACUGGACCUAUUAUAUGGUAUUAUUCUUCAUUGCACACUUCAUAGCAAUGUCUUCCACUUGCUAUAAUCCGUUUUUGUAUGCAUGGCUCAAUGAGAAUUUCCGUAAAGAGUUCAAACAGAUCCUGCCAUGUUUAGGAGCUUUAGUUACAAAGAAAUCUAAAAGAAAAUUCAGUCAGUCUGAAAAAACUGGUGCAUUUCGCUCAGAGAAAACCUGCAACGGUAAUGAUACUGUUCAGGAAUCAUUAUUAGCAUCAACAAUUAAUAAAUUGCCUUCAGUUAGAUAUACAAUAGAAUUUGAAGAAAAGUUAAAAGGUCUUGAAGAUGAAGGUAUAGAGAAUAUAAGUCCCGAUGAGAAGCCAGUGGACAACACAAGUCCUGAUGAAGACCGUCUGAAUAUGUAUAUGUUUGUAGAUAAAACACUAAUUACUUCUGAUAAGGAACCAAUUGUAUCAGCGUUGUAGUUUUAUAGAUAACGUUCCAGUCGCAGCGAAAUAUGAAUAUAUACAACAAAUAAGGAUAUUUUACAAAUAAUAUGAAAAAAUUCGUUGCAUUUGUACACUGUAACAAAUAAUAGUUAUCCCUUUUUUAGAUAUCGUCUGGUAUCCUCAAAGAAAUAUGAAGUUUAUUGUAAAUAUUAUUGAAAAAGUAUUUUCUUACUUUGAUCUAACUUUAUAAAUAUAGUACACAAUUGAUUUAUUAUUUCAUUAUAACAGUUCAAAAUCAAUUGAUUGAUUGAGUAGUAAAUAUCUUUUUUGAAAUCGGUAAUGUUUAAUCUUUGUAAAAUUUUGUUUUGACAUCUUUACAUAAGAACCAAAUACAGUUAAAUUACUCGCUGUCAUUAAAAAUAAAUAAUUGUUUAUUUAAUUAAUUUCAAAUACAAAUUUUUUGCGACAAAUAUACGUUCAUUUUUAUACAUUAUGUAUAAAUUACACAUUAUGUUAUUAAUCUUAGUACCUACAACUCCUUCAUUUUUAAUUGAAGCACUUUGCCAAGUAAAUUACUAACAGGCAGAAAAUAAAUA